ACGUUACGUGGUGACGUUACAGGCUCUCCUCCGUACACCGCUGCUCAUAAAGAAAACUUCCGUCUUCGGCUGGGAAAAUACAAGACUGAGAGGAGUUGUGUUGUUUUUGUCUUUCGUCGAGGACGCGAAGGGCCAGACUCCUAUGCAGAUUGUUGACCGAUUCGUCUGAGUAUUGUGGCAGCAGGUAGUGCAGCGGUUAGGGCUGCUGCCUCUGGACCCAGAGAUCCCCAUUUGAAACCCAGUUGCACCCCUGAACAAGGCCCUUAUCCUGAACUGCGCAUUUUCUCCUGAAGUGGACCUGCACACGAGGAUGACAAUGGAAGAGAUGAAGAAUGAAGCUGAUGCCACCUCAAUGGUUUCCAUGACGCUGUAUGCCGUGAUGUACCCUGUUUUCAAUGAGCUGGAGAGGGUGAACCUAUCUGCAGCUCAGACGCUGCGUGCUGCUUUCAUCAAGGCAGAGAAGGAGAAUCCAGGUCUCACUCAGGAAUUCAUUGUGAAAAUCCUGGAGAAGAAGAACUUGGAGGUGAACUUCACGGAGUCCCUGCUGCGCAUGGCAGCCGACGAUGUUGAGGAAUACAUGAUUGACAGGCCUGAGCAGGAGUUCCAGGACCUGAACGAGAAGGCCCGGGCGCUGAAACAAAUCCUAAGCAAGAUCCCGGACGAGAUCAAUGACCGCGUGCGCUUCCUGCAGACCAUCAAAGACAUCGCCAGUGCAAUCAAGGAGCUGCUGGACACUGUAAACAUCGUGUUUAAGAAAUACCAGUACCAGAACCGCAGGGCACUGGAACACCAAAAGAAGGAGUUUGUGAAGUACUCCAAAAGCUUCAGCGAUACACUGAAAACUUACUUCAAAGAUGGAAAGGCGAUAAACGUCUUUGUGAGCGCCAACAGACUCAUCCACCAAACCAACUUGAUACUGCAGACUUUCAAAACUGUUGCCUAGGGGCAUCCAUCUGUAGUGGAGUGAAAUUUUUUUUUUUUUUCCUUUUUUUUUGAAUAUUGGAUAGAAUAACCUCUAUGUAAAAUGUAAAGUUUUUUCACUGUAUAAUUUAUAAGCCUUGCUUCAUGUGGUGUAACUGUGAGGUGGGGCACUUCCAACGGAGUCAUCGCCAGGUUUUCUAUUCCUUUACGUUCAGCCUCUCAAUCACAAUCACACAAUGAUUCUCGCUUCUGUUCUUUGCUACAACUGUCGUUCUAUCCAGAAAAAAAGCCAAAAUACUUUGCGCCUUAAAAGUGUCAUAUAACAUUCCUUAUAUGAAGUGUAAAUACUGGUAUCCUGUUUUUGACAUUCUAACUUGAAGAAUAAAAAAUAAAGAUGCAGGUUAUGUAUUUAACAGAUUGGUGGCAAAUGUUCAAAUAAAUAGUUUACAUAUGUUCA